UACGAGUAUGGGCAGGGGAAGCACUAUGAGACGGGUGGGAUGCAGCAGUAUUAGCCUCGGGUUGAGCAUUCCGUUCUGCUCGUCUUGAAUGUCUUUCCCGUUGUUCACGUCUUCCGCCUCAUCACCAUCGGCAUUAAUAUCAGCAUCGCAUCUCCUUUUGACGCUCGACUCUGCACGCAUUGACAUGAUCCUACGCCAUCUCAUGACAUCUUUUCCUCUGUCUCUUCUCAUUUGCAAAUGUAGAGUGCUCGCAUCGCAUCGGCUUUCGCAUUCAUCUUUCUCUUCGAGAAUCCUUUGCUCGUGUUUUCUUAGUAACUUACCUGGUUGGCCUCGGUUCUUCUCGUCAUCUUCGUCUCCGUUGUCCUCAUCAACCUUGUCAAAUGGUAGUCUGAUUCAUUUGCCCAGGCCCCCAUUCUGUCACAACAACGGGAAGAACACGACUGCCUGCAAUCUGAGGCUGCACAACUUGCCUCGCAACUCUCAACAGCGCUUGACGAACGUGAAGCUAACGCGAAUGCAUUCCAACAAGCCUCCCAGAAGUUGAAGAAGUCCCACUCAGAGAAUGAACUUUUGCAACGACAGCUGGAUGACCUUGGUCGUCAAGUACAGACUCUGCUUAAGGAUGUCGGGUGACGCGCAGACCCAUCUUUGCCCACGGACGCGGAGAUGGAAGAUAUGGAGCCCCUACCAGCUGAAAAUAUCGAUGCCAUCAUCACGAAUAACCUCGUACUCUUCUGCAGCAUCGGCGGGUUGCAAGACUAGGACCAGAAGCUACUCAAGAUAGUAUGUGAACUUGGCGCAAAAAUGGAGG